CUGGGAGACCAAAGAGGGGGAAGCACGCCUCCAGUGACAGGCCGUGAGAGGAGCUGACGUGGGCCUGUGCCUGCAGGGUAUCAUGGCACUGAUCUACCUGUGUGUGGAGGACAUCUUCCAGCUCAUUAACUACUACAGCUUCAGCUACUGGUUCUUUGUGGGCCUCUCUAUUGUGGGUCAGCUUUAUCUGCGCUGGAAGGAGCCUAAUCGGCCUCGUCCCCUCAAGCUCAGCCUGUUCUUCCCCAUUGUCUUCUGCCUCUGCACCAUCUUCCUGGUAGCUGUGCCACUUUACAGCGACACCAUCAACUCCCUCAUCGGCAUUGGCAUCGCCCUCUCAGGCCUGCCCUUCUACUUCCUCAUCAUCAGAGUGCCAGAACACAAAAGACCUCACUGCCUCCGAAGGAUUGUGGCAUCCGCUACAUGGUACCUCCAGGUCUUAUGUAUGUCCGUUGCUGCAGAAAUGGAUUUGGAAGAUGGAGGAGAGAUGCCCAAGCACCGAGAUCCCAAGUCUAACUAAAUACCAUCUAGAAUCAAUCCUGAGAUGUGGAAAGCAGGGGAUCUUGUCCCUUACUGGCUGGAGCCAAGGAAGAUGAAAAGGAAAAGUAUAUCUCUUUGUUGAAGCUGCUCAGACCAGGCUUCUGGACAGGUGCCUUCAAUUUUCGAACUUGCUGUUUGAGAGAUGAAAAGUAAUUUAUUUGUUCUGCUACACAUUGCUUUAUUGUCCCUUUUAAAAAAAGUCUGGAACAGACUGUGGUGGGGAGCAUGUCAGGUGUGGGCUUGGUUUUACUAGUAGCACAUUCCCACGCGUUAAGACAGUCGCUCACCUCUGGGUGUGCCCACCCACUCCUUUUCCUUUAAAAGGGCCAAUAAUGCUCCGGACUUCCUGUCUCCUUUAGAGACAUGAAACUGUCACAGGUGCUAGAUAAUAAAAGGGUUAUGUUCUAAA